UAACUACUAACUGACUGCUGUCUAACUGCUGUUUAACUGUGUAUGUGGAAUAAACCUUCAGAAAGACAGUCGAGUUGUACCCGCCGUACUUGUUCUGGUUACCCUUUCCAGAAGGGUGACAAGACGGAUCAGAGAGGACUCAGACGCAGAGGCCUUUUAAUUGUCUUUAUUGGCACUCUUAUACAAAACACAAGGCAGAUCCUCUUUACUGAGGGAAAAACAAAGUGUGGCUAUGAAAAACUAUAACCAAUGGAGAGCGCAACGCUCUUCAAAAGAACGUUGCGGAACUAUAUAUACGCGGAACAAAAAAUCACUCCGAAGAGGAAACAAACUCAGACUAUGGUUAGCAUGUAAAACAGAAAACUCUCCAAACGGAGGAAAACACGGCUCUAAACACUUCAAACGAAGACCAACUCUAAAGCACAAUCCUAUUGAUUGGCGAUCUGUAACUAACAAAGAACGAGGUCAAAAAUAAGGCGUAAUCUAAAUGAUUGGAUCUAAUCAAUCUGUCUAAUAAAAGGUAAGUCACAAUCCUAGUGAUUGGAGUUCCUAAAAGGCUGUGAAAAUGAACAAACAGAAAAUCUCUCCCAAGGAGGAAAACAAAAGGGGCUAUAAAUCUUAACUAAGGUAUUAGCUUAUAGGUUAUGCUAAGAAAACUUACAAAAAGAAAGUGUCUCUCACAAAGAGGAUCAAAAACUUGUGGCAUCUGUGGCUGUGACGAGGAGCUCGGGUGAUCAGGCAUGGGCGGAAACACACUGGCACUGACACGGGAACAGAGAGUUUUUAAAGUCCACAUGGCUUAAUUGUCAGCAGGUGUGUGUAAUCAGGGCCGGCAGGCCGGCAGAGGAGGGGGCGGGGCAAACUGCCGGAGUGACAAAGGGAGUAUUGAGCUGAAAGAAUCAGCCAGUAAAAAUCUGGACAGUUGUAAAACCGUUGUCGGUGCCGUAUCUGUGGAGUAAGGACUGCCGAGCGGAGGACGGCAAUCGUGAAGUACCAGGACCGGAGAGCCGGGGACAGCCUAAACGAAGCCUCAUCAAGAACCUAGUUAAUCAGAAAUGGAGUUUUAAUCUUCAUUAAGACUACAGCGAUGCAACAGCAGCAUCUCAUGUGGCUGUGGACAACAGCUAAACAAAGUGAUGAGAGAAUGUGAAGCAGAAUCACAGCGUGGCGGAGGCACAGCUGCCCUUGUCGUGUUCUGAUCCAGCUCUCCUCAUCACUGCGUCUCCGCUGCAGCCAGAGAAGAGGAGGGAAAGAAGGUGGUGGUGGAGAUAAUGGUGGUGGUGUUUGGGGGGAUAUGGGGUGGGCUCUGUGAAGGAAGAGGAGGAGGAGGAAGAGGAGGAUGUGUUUGCCUGUGCACAACUGGAGGCAGCAGUGGGAGAGUGAAGCAGCAUCUGUAUGAGGCAAGAGACUGAAACUGCAUGGAAUGGAGGCGAGACAAAGCUGCACUAUCAGGAUUACCCAGUGCCUCACCAUCACUGCUGCUCUAGUCUGGACUGUGUGUUGAUGGGAGAGACCUAGAACAGUGCCGUGAUGCCUGAGGGACCAGCUGUGUGGAUCCGGUGCCACCUCUGAUAUGAUGCUGGGAGCAGGAGGGGCAGCCACCUUCCUCGCACUGCUGCUGCUGCUGCCGUUGUUGUGCUGCUGCCACCUGUGCCACUCACUGCGUGUUCCAAAGCUCUCAUCUUAUGCAAAAGCAGAGGACAAGCUGUUCAAAUAUCUCUUUGGAAGCUACCAGAAAUGGGUUCGUCCAGUGGAAUACCUAAACCAGACCAUCUGUGUGAAGUUUGGACUGGCCAUCUCCCAGCUAGUUGAUGUGGAUGAGAAAAAACAGCUGAUGACAACCAAUGUGUGGAUGAAACAGGAGUGGACUGACAUGAAACUCAGAUGGAACCCUGACGAUUAUCUGGGCAUCACUACUAUCAGAGUCCCCUCUGACAGGCUCUGGCUUCCUGACAUUGUUCUCUAUGAUAACUCAGAUGGACGUUUUGAAGGAACUGUCACCAAAGCUGUCGUUAAGUUUGAUGGAACUAUAACAUGGACACCACCAGCCAAUUACAAGUCUGCCUGCACCAUCGACGUCACCUUCUUCCCAUUUGACCUCCAGAACUGUUCCAUGAAGUUUGGCUCCUGGACGUAUGAUGGCUCCCAGGUUGACGUCAUUCUGGAGGACUUCCAUGUAGACAAACAGGACUACUUUGACAACGGUGAAUGGGAGAUAGUAAAGGCCACUGGCAGCCGUGGUGUGAGGACAGACGGAAGCUCCUCCUACCCCACCAUCACCUACUUCUUCAUCAUCCGCAGGCUGCCUCUUUUCUACACCCUCUUCCUUAUCAUCCCAUGUAUUGGCCUUUCCUUCCUCACCAUCCUUGUCUUCUACCUGCCGUCUAACGGCGGCGAGAAGAUCUCUCUCUGCACAUCAGUGCUGGUGUCGCUCACUGUCUUCCUCCUGGUCAUUGAGGAGAUUAUCCCUUCCUCCUCCAAGGCAAUCCCUCUCAUCGGCGAGUACCUGGUGUUCACCAUGAUCUUUGUCACGCUCUCUAUUGUGAUCACCGUUUUUGCCAUCAACAUCCAUCAUCGCUCCUCCUCCACACAUCACGGCAUGGCACCCUGGGUGAGGAAGAUUUUCCUGCAUCGGCUGCCAAAGCUGCUGUGCAUGCGCAGCCAUGCUGACCGCUACGCCGCAACAGGAGUGGCUGGGACAGGAGGAGCAUUAGGACUGGGUACGAGGAAGGAUUCAGCACCUGAACUCACCCCCCCACUCUACACAAAACAUCACCUACAAGCAGCUUUGGAUUCUAUUCGAUACAUAACCAUGCAUGUGGUUAAAGAAAAUGAAGUGAGAGAGGUGGUACAAGACUGGAAGUUUGUAGCCCAGGUUCUUGAUCGAAUGUUUCUUUGGGCCUUCCUCCUGGUUUCAAUCCUGGGAUCUGCUCUUCUCUUUAUCCCAGUUAUUUACAAGUGGGCCAACAUCAUUGUCCCUAACCAUGUUGGAAGUGUCAUCUAAGAGCCACACAUGAAAGCAACCUAACCCCAAAUGGAUUCAAAGCACAUUAACAGCCCACAGUGAGUCUCCUUUGAGAGGCUGAGAUUACUGGUGAGAUACGAGCCGGCUCUCUUUUUAUUGUGCCAGAGGUCACGUGUGUGUGUGUGUGUGUGUGUGUGUGUGUGUGUGUGUGUGUGUGUGUGUGUGUGUCCUCACACAUGGAGAGACUUUUUCCCUUUUAGGGAGAUUCUAAAUCUUGUUUUAAUUUUAAGAGAAAUUGAAAAAUCUAAUUUGAUGGUAUAUAUUAAAUACUGAUAUGAUAAUACAUACGAUAAAAAAUGUCAACUGUUUUUUCAGCAUGUCCUAAACAUCUGUUCACAUCAAUCAAUCAAUCAAUCAAUCAAUCCAUCAAUCCAUCAGUAACAUCAAUAGACUUUAGUAAACUAAUUUUCUCUGGUAUCACAGAGUGGCGAUUACUUCCUGGAUCUGGUAGAGGGCUGUAGAUGCAGAAUGACAUGAAUAUAGUUUGUCCUUAUGAUCAACAUGUCACCUGAUGUUUCAGGACUGUGUGGUGAAUGAAUUGAAGAAUUUAAGAUACCCUUGAAAGCUAAUGAAAAGGCUCAGAUCAAAAGAUACAAACACACAAUAGAGAGGCGACAAUGUUAAUUCUUCUUUUACAUUCCUCUCUUUCUGCUUAUCCACUAGGUUUUAGGGUUUGAUGAGACCACUUUAUCAUGGGGAGGGUACUCCUUUUACUUUCCGUAGAUCAAUUCUAGCUUUUCAACUCACCGUGACACACAUUCUCCUCAGGAUGGAGGUGGGGCUUCUCUUGCAGGAAUAAAAAAUUUCCAUGGCAGCUCGCCCUUUCCGUCUGAAAACAAAGGCAAAGGAAUGUAAAAAAGUGUCCUUGGUAAGCGGUCAGGAAAGAGGUAAUAUGCAUUCAAGAUGUUAUUAGUCAACUGAAAGCUAUGACAAAGUGAAAAACAUGCUCACCAGCCACUUUAAUAGGUACACAGGACAUCUAAUGAAGUGGCAGUAGUGCCCCCUGGUGAGCCUUCAGCUGCUGUAUCUGCUUCAAGCUUGUUCAGCAAUGUGUCAGCAGUUGCUUGUUUGUCACAAGUUAUUAUUUGAGUGGUAUUUUUUUGCACACUAGAGACAGUAUCCAGUAGAUCAGCAAAUUCUGAAAUACUCUCACCAACAACUAUGUCACAUUCAAAGACACUCAACUGACAUUUUUGUUCACAAGUUGCACAGCUGUACCUGAUAAAGUGGCUUGUGAGUGUAGGCUGUACCACAAUUUCACACUUGUAAUGUUAUUUUUAUUGGUGUUGCAUGCAGAUGAUUUAGAGAACGGCAAGAAAGCGCUUUAGAGCCUCAUCACUGCUCUCCAUGAACCAAGAAAACACACGUGUUUCUCAGCCUUUGGUUGACUGGCACUUCCUCUUAAAGAAAAGGAGGAAAAGGCACCACCUUGUGGUGAUUAAACGGAUGAAACCUGUGAGGUUCCAAUCCCAGUUGCCAACUGUUGUGUAACGAUGCGUUGAUGAAAAGAAGGGGCCGCCUCGGACACGUCUUCUCUUGCAUAUAAAAAGACUGUUACAAAAAAGAACAGUGUCAGGAACCCGCCCAAUCUGAGGGAUUCUUCUCAACAUGCUCUCCUUAUAAAACACAGGUCCACACCCUCACCACAAACAACAUCCCCCAAGGUAGAUCAACAACAAUAAACACAAAUAAAUUGUAAAUAAAAAAUCAAGCACAUGCAAAGACUAAAAGGGCAUUGGCAUAAUACAGAUGAGAGAGCCAUAUAAAGGAAGAAGGAACUUCAAGGAGGCGCUAAGGAAUUGGUUUGUCUUUGUUGUCCCUCUUUUAUGUGUUUUGUAUUCUAUAAAUUUGUUUUCCCUUG